AUGUCUCGUCCUGGAGUGUCUCGCACCGCAUCGACCAAUCUUGGUAGCGGAAAUGGAUACAGAGUGCUGGAUGGCAAAGUCGCUAUCGUCACUGGUGCCUCCAGAGGUAUGUGUCCAUCAUUGGCCAUGAGAGUCCAUAAUGAAGGGCGGCUGAAUAGUAUCCANGGUAUCGGCGCCGCAGUAUGCGAGAACCUUGCGUCUAAGGGCAGCUCCCUGAUCAUGAACUACACAUCCGACUCGUCCGAAUCCAUCACAAAAGAACUGGCCGAGCGACUCGAGAAAGAGCAUGGAAUCAAAGCAUUGCCCGUACAAGCCGAUAUGGGCAGUGAGACUGGUCCCGCACACCUCAUCGCCACAGCCCUGAACCACUUUGCCCACCCAAAGACACGCAAACUGCAGAUCGACAUCAUCGUCAACAAUGCAGGCGUGGCGUCCAACUUACCCAUUGAAAAGUGCAAUGCCGAAGACUUUGACUUUGUCUACCGCGUCAAUGUCAGAGGUCCUCUUUUCCUCAUGAAGGCUGCGCUUCCGUACCUGCCUACCGAUCGCAGUGGUCGCAUUGUCAAUGUCAGCAGUGUCAGUGCCAGCUGUGGCUUUAGCGAGCAGAGUGUCUAUGGAGGCUCAAAGGCUGCUGUCGAGGCCAUGACACGUACCUGGGCUCGAGAGUUGGCCGAAAGAACCACCGUCAAUGCCAUCAACCCUGGCCCUGUCAUGACUGGUAAGUGUCGUUGCUCUUGCUACAACAUUCCGUUUGCUGACUGUGCGCCUACUAUAAANGAUAUGUGGAGCGGAGUCACAAAAGAGUUCCAAGAGGGCAUUGCACCAUGGCUCAAGAACACUCCUCUGGCAGCCGUCCGCCCCGGCGUCGAUAGUGAGGACUUGGUGAAGGGCGCUGAAGUUGCCGGAGGCCGACCUGUAAGUCAAGCCAUAACCUGCUCCGGGCUUGAAGCUAGGAGACUGACCGACCUUUUGUAA